GCCCCCUCUCCCAUGGCGGCCGUGGCGGCGAGGAGGCCGUGGCCGUCGUUCCCCUGCCCAUGGACGGAGGAGGAUCUGCUGAGCCCGGGGGUCGAGCCCCUUGUCGUCUCACCACUCAGGGACAAGCCGCCCUUCUUUUUUCUCAAGUGCCUCAUGGCGAGGCUCUCAAUGCCGCCACGCCGUGCUCCAUCGCUCGAUUGCUCCUCGCCGCCCUCGUUCCUCCUCCGUCGCUUUCCCACCUCGCUGCCGCCGCCCCAUCCUCCAUCGCUCCAUAGCUCUUCACCAUCCUUCCUGCUCUGUGGCUGUCUUACCUCGCUGCCGCCGCCGCCGGCGGCCCGUGCUCCAUCGCUCGACCACUCUUCGCCCAAGUUCCUGCUCCGCCGCUCUCCUGUCUCGCCGCUGGGGGAGGUGGAUCUCCGCCCUCCAUCAGCUACAUCGGCCCCCUGCCGCGCCCAUGCUUCAAAAUCAACCUCGGGUUCGGGUUCGGGGCAGCAGCGGCAGCGGCAGCCACGGAAGCAGGCGAGCGGGCAGCAGCAGCCUGCCCCUCCUCGUCAGCCGCCUGCGCCGCCACAGCAACAUCAGCAGGGCCAGGAUCCCAACAUCCCGGCGGCGCCCAAGAUGGAGCAGUAUGACAAGCUUGUGAUAAACGGGCCAAUGUUCGCACCUUACCAGACAAGGGUCGAUGAUAUGCCAGUCAUACAACUCGACAUUAAGAAGGAGGGACUCCAUGGGCGUGUGGAUGAAGCGACAAGGAGAAGGAUUGUGAGGGCGCGACUAAUUGCACCUGGAUGCUAUUAUAAUGUUCCCAUCACUCCGUAUCCAAAUCCAAAAAAUGGAAAAUCUGGAUGGGGAACUCCUCCCCUUUCGGAUUGUGGACAUAGUCAUUACAGAAUUGAGCUGCUUGAUACAUCAUCUAGUGACGAAGUUCGAGUGCAGGUGCUAGUAAGGGAUUUCGAUCAAUACAUGCCGGCAUUCCGUGUAGGUAAAGGCGAAGAGUGGUCAGAGUGGUACAGAUUCAAUGCAAUGAACAUGCCAUCUUUUAUCUCCGAGGAUGACAUCGUUGACCUGCCCAUUAAUGGCGCCCAUGAAAAGCAAUAUGAUAUUGGAGGCUAUGAAAGUUUUGACUAUGUUUUCACCGAGUUAUCAAACUAUCCCAAGAAGCUCGUCAAGAAGAGUUUGAAGAAGCCAGCGAUGAUUGCGGUGGUCUUGUUCUGCGAAGCUUUCAGAGAUAGGUUCAUGCACUUGGAGAUCCAGAAUCGGAUAAAAAAUGACGCAAAGCCCUUCCCGCUUGGUUACAAUAUAGUUGACUGGGCAACAAAGAAGAAGAGAUACUUGAGUCCUGAUAUUGUUUGGAAUCGUUACCAUUCUUGGUCGCAGUUCAGCGAGCAUUGCACAAAUGUUGGCAUGAACGGUGGACUGUUUAAUCCAAGCUUCUUGACCGAGGAGGUUAUGACAUUGUACGGGAUCACCCAUUUCCAGGAAAUGAUAGGGAGAGACUGUGGGUAUCUGCUUGUGAUCAUGAGGAACAGCCACCAGAUGAAGGUCACUGAGGAGAAGCUCAAGGAGAUGCAGGAGAAGGAGAGAGGCGAAGACAUGGCGAACCCGGACUUCGACAAUUUGGUCGACAAGGAUGAUAAGCGCAUCCCUCUCCCUACAUAUGACGUGUGA